AUGACUGUCGCCCCGCGUGAGGGAUGGCUGGACUUGGACGAAUAUGGCCAGCGCGGCUUCUGCCGUGCAGAUACCCUGCAUCUCCUCUUGGAGCCGCUGUUCCACGCAGGGCAGAGGCCCGUCAAGGUGUCGUUGACUGUGCCUGUGUCGAGGCACACCGAUGAGGGAAAUCUCGGUUCGGAAAAUAUCUAUCUGAACUCGAGGGAGCGGCAAGCAACAGUCCUGAAGCUGGCCCCAACGACGGGAAAGAGAGCUUUUCUGUCGGCCGACGGCAUGAAGCUAGGGAAGCCAAACGCACGCUCAUCGUUCCAUGGCGAUGGUUCUCUAACUUGGUCUAUCCUGGUAGAUCCCGAGCACCGGCCAUCACUAGCGACCUUCUGGCGAGUAAUUACGGAAAGCGGACUGAUCUGGCGACGACGAAGACUACAUGGCGGCCGACCUUUCGAGCUUCACACUCACGCCAUGGAGUUUCCCGCCGCGACGAAUAUCCUCAUGCGGGAUGACGCUCUUUGGUCUCGAGGGCUGUCUAUCAGCAGGUCUACCUACGUGGUUGCAAGACCUAGAUUCAAUGUUGCCUCUCAACAGGACGAAGACGGUCAAACCUCUAUCCACACCUCCCGGAUGCGAUCGUGGUCGUUAUAUCACAUUGGGAUGACUUCACAUUAUGGCCGCCGUGUGACUCUGAUGAUUCAGCAAAAGAAAGCCGAUUGCGAUCGUCCCAAGACAAUUAGCAAAGGGAAACCCAGCUCCCGGUGGCCAACGCCGAAGUAUGCAUCGAGGACGGCGAUCCCCAAAGACAAGCACAACAAGCCCCCGGACUUUGGGCUGAUGACAUCAUACGUCGCCGUUGAAAGGCAAAAUGAUUCCUCUCGCCGCCCUUGUUUGCGAGAAGCCGGCUCACGGACGGGGAGCCUGCAGUGGCACAGCCUGGAGCUGACGGAUGCUGCUGCAGCAGUGUUCCUCAGGAACAGGAACAGACUCAUUACUCCUGUAUGCGUAUGCUGCUGCACGGAGUCUGAGAAGUCUGAAGAGACUGCCAACGCAUCAGAGCUGUGGAUGACAGGCACAUUCGCUUGGCCAACCUCGAAGAAGCUGCAGACCAGGGUAGGAUCCGGACUGAGGGGUUCAUCCAUUGCUCUAGUGGCGGCCCGGUCUAAAACAUGGCUUGGAGCUAUCCCUCUGUCUCCCGCCGCGUCACUCGACACUCUUCGACAGGCAGCUCGGACCGUGGGCAAGCUGGCGGGUCUUUGCCAGGACGCCGGUGUCCCGCCCAGUCCCGGAUUCUGGGUCAAGUUGUUCUUGAUCCGGGACAAGUGAGAUAAAGCCAUCCACACGCCCACCCGAAGACGUUUCGUAAGGUUUUCGGCGUCCAUUUCCCCAUCCAACCAGAGCUCUCUCGCCCAUCUGGACCGGCUGCUUUCGACCAGGCUCGACAAGGCC